UGCGAGUGUGGGACUCACACCUGUGGCAGAUAUGGGCGAUGUUGAUCCAGACGACAUCGACUACGAUAAUCCACCGUUCCCUUUGACCGCAAUCGACCGCGAGCUCCUGGCGACGAAAGAUGAAGACUAUCAUCGGAUCACCUGGGACGACCUGAAGCGAAUCAUCGAGGACAACACUCUUGAGAAUCUCAAACGCCUGCCAUCUGAUCUUCGACGGUAUCUUGCCUGGUCUCACAAUACCAAGAGAGCAUACGGUGGCAUCGUGCAAUACGUGCUUCAAGAGCGACUUCGAUGGCAGCCACUCACGGCCGACCCUCCCACGUUCGCUCAUACGUCUGAGGUUCCCUUCCGAGUCAGGAGCGACUAUGCUGUCUUGCAGAACGACUGGCCAUACGGAUUCGUCCCAGGCAUCUCGCAUUUGUUGGUUUGGAGCAAGACGCCCAUUCCAACAGAUGACGUUAGAGGCGAUGUGACGGAGACGAGCCGGAAAUUGAUCGAGGACUUUGUGCAUGACUACUUCAUCAAGGACCUCGGCGACGGUGGAAGUGAUAGAGUGCUUUGGUUCAAGAACUGGGUCAGUUUGCAGAGUGUGAGAGGUGUGGACCAUGUCCACGUGCUGGUGAGAGAUGCUCCGAAGGAACUACUGGUGAAGUGGACGGAGAGGAAAGACCUGUGAUCUUAUUCACGAUGUCGACGCUUGAGUGAUUCAACAUGGACCUGGACGCUGGGACAUGAUGUGGAUUGCACUUUGUCAUAUCAUUCAUACGUGGUCAGCCUGACCCAAGCUUG